AUGUCUUCCCCCAACCCACACAUGGACCUCCUGAUGCGCGCCCGGAACCAAAUCGAAAUGGAGGGCGGCGUUCCCGCCGGACAAGAUUCGCGGCAAUACACACAGUUCGGCAUGCAAAAGAUUCAACAUACCAUGGCCAUGGAAGGAAUCAAUGUCGAGCAAACCUCAUGCACGCACAGAGUCCUCCUUGGGCGCUUUUGUGUUGAUUGCGGCACAGAAAUGACGUCCGGUUCGUCCUCUGUCCCCAACCCUCGCGCACGUAAUGUCAAUGGACCUGUCCCUUUGGAGGAAGAGGGUCCUUGCGCUCACAAAACUCACUUCGCGGGUGCCUGCGUCGAUUGUGGCAAGGCCAUGGCAUCCGGCACGUCCUCAGCCCGUGGUCUUACCUUAUCCGACAAUGAACCCAAAACACCUGCCCCUUGGGAGAAAGGACCUUGCACGCACAAAAACCUCUUUGGCCGCUUUUGUGUCGAUUGCGGCGAAAGAAUAACAGCUCCCGCCCCACUUCCCACCACACUCACUCACAACGAAGCUGUCCCUCUAGCAGACAAGCCAUCAUCGACCAGAGAGGCCGAAGACGACGACCUCCCGGACCUCAUCCCAAACCCUCACCGUCCGCACAAGGCCGCUACCUUACCCACCUCCCAGACUCCAGAACCCGCCUGCACCCACCCGACUACAUUCGGCGGCAUCUGCCUCGCCUGCAACGCCGACACCCGCCCUACUAACCCUCCCCCUAACCCCCGCCCCCAGCCCCCCUACAACGCCCACCCCAUCCCCGAAACCGUCGACCUCCGCGUUGCCCCCCGCUCCUCCCGCCUGGCCGGUAUCACGCGCUCCGACCCUCUGCCCGAAGGCUUCGACACGAAGUCGCUCACCCGCGCCGAGGCGCGCGAGUUCGCGGAUCUCCGGCUGGGUAGCAUAAUGGGGCACGAGACGCUGAAGGAGAGCUGGAAAGACAAACCGGAUGGGGAGGUGUGUGCGGCGAUGCUGGGGGAUAUGGGGAAGGAAAUCUUGCGGGAGAUGCUUGUGGAUGAGUUGCUGGGUGUGAAGCCCGGGGGUAGGGGGGUUGAGAAUGGGAGAUUAGGUAUGGCCAUAAAAAGCCUUGUUGAUGAGGCGAUGCUGGAGAGGCUAGGGGCGGUUGAUUUGGGAGGUGGUGGUAGAGGUGGAGCUGCGCCCGCACACCCACCCACCCGCGCCGACGAUAGAGAUAAAGAGAACCGGAACCCCAACCGGCCAGAGAGCCAUGCCGCUUUCAUGGCCCGCCUCGAGCGGAAUGCUAGAGAGCGACGUGCUGAAGGCGAGCCUCGUUAUCGGCUUGUGGAAAGAGACCCUCCUCCCACACACGAAGAAGCCGUCCGCAUUGCCCGUGAAGAAUACGAUUCCAAACCUCCCGCUCGCUGUCCGAUCUGCGAUAAGCUCGGCGCGCUCCGUGCGUGCACGGGGUGCUAUAGGCGCUUCUACUGUAGUCCAGCGUGCCAACGCGCAGACUGGGCGCAGCAUAAACAGGCCUGUCGAGAUCAUUCUAACUCGAGGGCUGCUCGUCGCGAGUGUGGGGAAGCGGUGGUUGAGGGGAUGUAUUAA